ACUUCUUUUUUAGCGGCAGUGAUCACCCAGUGAUUAUGGAAAUGCCUAUAAAUAUGGAAGGUUAACAACACACUGAGAAACGCCACAAAACACACAACAUAAGCAACAAAGUAUCAGAGCCUCAGCCUGGAGAUGGGAGCCGAAGCCUUCCCCACUGCCACUACCCUCCUCCACGACGACGUUGACGCUCCUAUUGUACUCGGACUACAGCCAUCAGCUCUUGUCGACCAUGUGGCCCGCGUUGAUUCUUCCUUGCUUGAUCAAAUCCCCGGCGAACGUGGUGGCUCCAUUCCUGUUGCAUUUGACGAACUUGAGCAUAUACUCAAAGAGGUGAACACCCAUUUUCUCUCGUCUCAAAAUGAAUCUUCGUCUGUAAAAACUUUAGCGGGGGGCAGUGUUGCCAAUACCAUUCGAGGGCUGAGUUCAGGGUUUGGAAUCUCCUGUGGAAUUCUUGGUGCCUGUGGUGAUGAUCAACAAGGACAGCUUUUUGUGAGUAAUAUGAACUCUCGUGGUGUGAACCUCUCAAGAAUGAGGAUGAAGAAGGGCCAUACGGCUCAGUGUGUUUGCCUUGUUGAUGAGUCGGCAAAUCGUACAAUGCGUCCCUGUCUAUCUAGUGCUGUGAAACUUCAGGCAGAUGAAUUAACAAGAGAAGAUUUUAAGGGCUGCAAGUGGUUGUCAUUGAGGUACAGUAUAUUCAAUUUGGAAGUGAUUCAAGCUGCUAUACGCAUAGCCAAACAAGAGGAUCUUUUUGUGUCCUUGGAUUUGGCCAGUUUCGAGAUGGUUCGGAACUUCAGAGAACCUCUUCUAGAGCUACUUCAAUCAGGGAAUGUAGACCUUUGCUUUGCCAAUGAGGAUGAGGCUACAGAGCUGAUAAGGGGUGAAGAAACAGUUGGUCCAGAGGUUGCGCUAGAAUUUCUUGCCAAGCACUGCAAGUGGGCUGUGGUGACAUUAGCCGCUAAUGGGUGCAUUGCAAAGCAUGGAAAAGAGGUUGUCCAAGUUCCUGCCGUAGGGGAAACGAAAGCAGUUGAUGCUACCGGAGCCGGUGACCUGUUUGCAAGUGGGUUUUUGUACGGACUUGUGAAGGGUUUAACACUAGAGGAAUGUUGCAAAGUGGGCUCCUGCAGUGGUGGGUCUGUCAUUCGAUCUCUUGGGGGUGAGGUGACCCCUGAGAAUUGGCACUGGAUGUGCAAGCAAAUGCAGAUCAAGGACCUUCCGGUUCCUAGCACCCGCAUAUGAGCUCUUUUAUCUUACUAUUUAACAAAGUAAUUGUUUCUGUCCUUUGCUUGUUAUUUAUUUUCCUAUAGCAAAGGGCGGCUAUUGUUUGUUGCAUUUUGGGGUUGACUUGACCAAUGCAUACAAGACUGCUUCCUCCAUAUGGAAAUACUGAAAAUAUAUGAAUGUUAAGUCAUAAAAUUUAUUCAACCAUAACGUUCUGCGGUGCA